GGGUUGGCUAAUGAUAAACUCGGAUAUUUGAGCUGCCUACCCCUCAGUUCGGCUUGGACUUCGUGGCGUUCACAAUGUGGUUGCAAACGUGUGUCGUGUUGAUGUGCAUUUCUCAGACAUUUGCCGAACAUCCUCUAAAUGACUACAAGAAGUCCAAUAACAAGGAAAUUAUUGUCACAAGCAUCAAUGUGAUGACGCGACUUUCGAAAAAAGUUCCUCAAAUAGCUUCACCGGAGCUGUGUGCACAAAAAUGUAACAAAGAGUCAUUCUUCAAAUGCAGGGCCUUUCACUUCAAUAAGUGGUCCAAAGAGUGCUCCAUGCUGGGAUUUACCAGCCUAACAGAAGGGACAAUUGUGGAAAUCAGUGAUCAGUUACAUCUGUAUGAGAAAAAAGAUUACGUCAGAGAAUGCGUCAUUGGAAAUGGAAUCACCUACAGAGGUCAAGCUAAGAUAACGAAGAGUGGGAGGUCUUGCCAACGUUGGGAUGCCACUCAUCCACAUGAUCCCAGAUAUCGACCCCAGUUGUACCCUGAGAAAGAGCUGGAAGAAAAUUUUUGCCGGAAUGCCGAUGAGGACGACGGUGGACCCUGGUGUUACACAACCGACCCCGAACUCCGCUUUGAAUCCUGCAACAUCAAACAGUGCAGUGACGAUCCUUGCCUCGUUUGCAUUGGACAAAGUUACCGUGGCUUUGUGGAAUACACGGAAUCGGGAAGGCGGUGCCAGAGAUGGGAUGCUCAGAACCCACACAAACAUCAGUUCAACCCGAGCAAUUACCCGAAAUUCAGUCUAGAUGACAAUUAUUGCCGUAAUCCAAAUGGCCGCUCCAGGCCUUGGUGUUUUACAACGGACAAAGACGUCGAAUGGGAAUACUGCGACAUCAAGAAGUGUGAAGUUCAACCGCAAGUGAGACCAUCCCGGGCGAGUGGCCGGCAUUGCUUGGAAGGAAAAGGGGAAAAUUACCGCGGCCCUGUGAACAAAACAGCCACCGACAUUGUGUGCCAGAGAUGGGACAGCCAGACGCCCCAAAGUCAUAAAUACCUGCCUUCAGACUACAAGUGCAAAGACCUUUCGGACAACUACUGCAGAAACCCCGAUGGAGCUGAGGCUCCAUGGUGCCUCACCGUAAAACCAGAGGUGCACAAAUCCUACUGCUUCCAGAUCGCAAGAUGUCCCGAGGGCAAUGCAAAUGACAAAGAAGCUUGCUACGACGGAAUUGGUGAGGACUACAGAGGAAGAGUUUCCACAACCCGCCUUGGUAUUCAAUGCCAGCGCUGGGAUUCAAAAUCUCCACAUAAACCAAUUAUAGAUGUGAAGAAUUACCCCAAAGCAGGGCUGGAAAGGAAUUACUGCCGAAACCCGGACAAUGAUCGCCAUGGUCCCUGGUGCUACACCACCGACCCGGAGCAAGAGUGGGACUACUGUGGCCUUAAACCAUGUGCUGGAUCUCCAAUUCCUGGACCAACACUGGGUGAAGGCACCGCUGAUUGCAACAUCUGUGGUACGAAGGGACAAAAAUUUGGUCGCAUCAUCGGAGGGGAACCAGGAGACUCCCCGUGGACUGUGAGCCUGCGUGAUGGGAAAGAGAAACACUUCUGUGGUGCUGUUCUUAUUGACCGACUCUGGCUGCUCAGCUCACGCCAGUGUUUUCCAUCCUGCAAUGUAGAUGCCAGCCAAUAUCAAGCCUGGAUUGGAAUAAAGAAGGAAGACCAAGUUCCUGAUAAUUUGAGUUCCCAAUCAAUCGCCAUUUCCAAACUCGUUUGUGGCCCAGCAAAUGCAAAAAUUGUCAUGCUGAAACUGGAAAGAGCAGCUUUUAUCGAUAAAGAUGUGAAACUGAUCUGCAUGCCAGUUCAAGGAGCCAUAGUUCCUGCAGGCACUUCAUGUGAAAUCUCUGGCUUUGGAGAAACACAUCGUUUGGAACAGAACGGUGCUCUGAACAUCGCAUCCAUUCAAGUUGUUGCCGGGGACACGUGUGGCGUGCACCACAAGCGGCAGAUUGAAGACACCGAGAUUUGUGCCGGGAAUACAGAGGGAAAGAUCGACAGCUGCGAGAGAGACUAUGGUGGCCCUUUGGCAUGUAAGGAAGAGUCCUGCUAUGUGCUGCAGGGCAUCAUCACACCAGGACGCAGCUGUGCAAAGCUCAAACGGCCAGGUGUUUUUGUGCGUGUGGCGGCAUACACUGACUGGAUUAAUAAAGUCAUUGGGCAGAGAAACCCCGUUUAGCCUCCAAGCAGAAUUGCCAGCUAUUAAGGGAUACAAUUAGGGGGUUGGAAUAAUCUAACCUUUUUUCUUUUUAGUUCAACUCGCAUAAUGGGAAUUGCAAACUGCUGUCCAUGGAAAAGUGAAGUGGCGAUUAAUUUGAAUGUGGUGGCAAUGGGAAUACAAUUGAUGAAAUCACAUGAUUAAAUUAUGACAGAGAGGGUCAUUAAUUGUCAUGAUGUAAUUUUCACAAGUGUGCAUUUUGUGAAAAUAGGAUGUUCAUAUAUGAUAUACCUAGAGACAUUAACCCUAUAGUCUGAGUACUACAUACCUAUACCAAAUACAGUUUUACAAACUUAAGCAUAAUUUUGAACUAUGGGGUUAAAAAAUUAAAAAUUUUCAUCAAUCGCUAUAUUUAAGUAAAUUGAUUUUGAAUUAGUUGCAUGUUUUUCUGUAAUCUUUAUGAAGUGGAUCACUUUUUUUUUAUUUUAGCAGUGUUUAUUUGGUCAAUACUGUAUACUAAGUAAAUUUACAUUUCACAAGUGUGCUGUUGGUGUAUGCACAUUUUGUUGCAAAGAGAAUCAUGUAAUUGAUUGAUAACAUUUCCUACAUUUAAAUUGAUUCAUCAUAAUAUAACGACAUUAUUGAUUGAAAUUGAUCAUGGUAUUCGAGGUAAACAUUCAAUUUGCAAACACAUUAAAUGUGUGCUUUGUAUGAACUAUCGAUGUGUGGAAGAUUAUUGCUUACAAUGUUACCCCACACAUUUAAAAUCACAGUAAAGUGCAUCCGUGGUAGAAACCUAAUGUACCCUGCCCUUUCCGAAUGUUUUUUGUAAGUUACAAGCUGUAUUAAAUGCCUUUCUGAUGUA